AUGGAGCUCUACGAACACUUGGUGCCCCAGAAUUUGCUCAUGUCGGAUUCAAUGCCCUUUGGGAGUUUAGAGGAAGGGGUGGCACCUCCUUAUCCCAUCCAUUUGUUUUAUAAAGCUGGGGAAGCUCUGCCUGUCCUAGACCCUUCCUGUGCCCAUGAGAGGAUAUCAGAGAUGGAAAACUUCCACUGUGGGUUACAAAGCUCAAUAACCUUUGAGGAUGUGGCCAUGGACUUCACCCAGGAGGAGUGGGUAUUGCUGAAUUCAUCUCAGAGAAAACUGUACAGAGAUGUGAUGCUGGAGAACUAUAGAAACUUGGCUUCACUGGGACAUCAACUCAGCAAGCCUCCUCUCAUCACCCAGAUGGAGCAGAAAGAUGAAAUGGAGAUAGUAGAGAGAAGAAUUCACCAAGACACCUGUUCAGAUGAGCUGAUUCUCCUUAAAACUAAACAACCACAGCAAAAACAAGAUAUUUUGGAGAAAUAUAUGCUCAAUGGCAAGAAGGAACAAACUCUUGGAGGCAGUCCCAUUCAAUGCAGUGAAAUUGUUGAAGCCUUGAGUGUGAAAUCUAGCAUUACUCAGAAUAAAAUUUACCCUAGCAAGAAACCCCAUCGAUACCUUGACUCUGCAGAAGCCCUUAGAGAUUCUUCACAUCUUAAGCCACCUGAGGGAAUUCUUCCUCCGGAAAAAUCUUAUGAAUCUAAAAAGGAUGAGAAUGCCUUCCUCAGGAGUUCUAACUUAGCUGGGCACAAGAGACAACAUACAGAAGAGACAUCCCCUGAAUGCAGUGACUUGGGGGAAGUUGUAAAUUCAAUCUCACACCUUAAGAAGAAUGAAAAAACUCACUUUAGAGAGAAACCUUUUGAAUGUAAUCAGUGUGGUAAAGUAUUACAGAGCCAUUCAUCCAUUAAGUUGCACAUGAGAACCCACACUGGAGAAAAACGGUUUAAGUGUGAUCAGUGUGGGAAAACCUACAGCUCAAGCUCUUACCUUACGCGUCACAAGAGAAUUCAUACCGGGGAGAAGCCCUAUGAGUGCCCUGACUGUGGAAAAACCUUCCGAGAUAGCUCACUUCUCAGACAACAUUCAGGGACUCAUUCAGGAGAAAAACCCUACAAAUGUGAUCAAUGCACCAAAACCUUCACUAGAAGCUAUAGGCUUACCAUACACCAGAUAACACAUACUGGAGAGAAACCCUAUACAUGCAAUGACUGUGGGAAAACCUUCAGUAUUCUCCCAUAUUUUAAAAGACAUAAGAGAAUCCACACUGGAGAGAAAUCCAUUGAAUGUAGCCAUUGUGGUAAAGCUCUGAGUAGUAAGUCAUCUCUUAAGAUACACCUGCGGAUACAUACUGGAGAGAAACCUUUCAAGUGUGAUCAAUGUGGGAAAGCUUUUAGGCUGAGCUGCAACCUUAUCACGCACAAGAAAAUUCAUACUGGAGAGAAACCCUGUAAGUGCAAUGACUGUGGGAAAGCUUUCAGGGAUCGUUCAUGUCUUAAAGAACAUGUGAGAAUUCACACUGGAGAAAAACCCUUUACAUUACACAUGAGAACUCACACUGGAGAGAAACCCUACGAGUGUAAUCAAUGUGGAAAAUCCUUUAGUGUAAAGUGUAAUCUCAUUGUGCACAAAAGAACACAUACUAAAGAAAAACCCUAUAAAUGCAAUGUCUGUGGGCAAGGUUUCAGUAAAUCCUUACCCCUUCGGCGUCAUGAGAGAACUCAUGCCCAAUAA